UACAAUGAAGAAGUGUAACGUAAAUUGAAGGAAGAAAUCCAUGGAUUUUUCCGGUCAGUACCAGCAGCAACAACAGGGGGCCGCUGAUCCUUCUCAAAUGUAUGCUCAAUACCCACAACAAUCGACUGACCCUUCUCAAAUCCAAUCAUAUGAUCAAUCUCACUACCAGCAACAACAGCCGGCGGACCCUUCUCAAAUACAACCCUAUGAUCAAUCAACACAAGCUUACUAUGCAUAUCAAUACAAUCAACAAUACUACUAUCCUCAAGACUAUUAUUCAAAUGCCUAUCAACAACAGCAAUACCAGCCUGAAUCCACUUCAAUUCACCCACCUGGGGUUCCGAUUCCACCGUCUUCGGAUCCUUAUGCUACACAGCAGCAACCCCAGUAUUCGUAUUAUCCUCAACAACAACAAGGAAUUAACUAUGGAGAGGUUGCUACUGUGACAAUGCCCAAUGUCUCCCACACACCUGCGAUCGCACCAUCUCCAUAUAAAGGUAAAGGUAAAAGGGGUGGCAGGCCCUAUAGAGGAGGUGCCCAUGGCAAUCUUGGUGGUGGGCAACAACAACCUAGCUACACAUUACCAACAUAUGCUGAGAACCAACCAAAAGUUUUUCAAGGAGCAUCACAAAUCCAAGGUGGCCUAUCCCAAGUUAAACCUUCAUCAUCUGCCUCAGGUAAUUCAGCUCCUGUCCGUCCACCUCGUAUGGCUUGGUGCGAACUCUGUAGGAUUGAAUGCAACACACCUGAAGUUCUUGAACAGCAUAAGAAUGGAAAGAAACAUAAAAAGAACCUGAAAGCCUAUGAAGAGCGACAGAAACUGAACAAACAGAUGGAUGGAGCACAUGGUAACCAGACAACAAAUUCUGAAGUUAAGCCAAGGGUUUCUUACCAGCCUGCAGUUGAGGGAUCUGGGCAGCUGCCUCUGGGGCAUUUGCCUUCUGAAACUGUAACUGGAGACAGACAGCCGCUGCCCCAAGAGAAGCUUCCUCCUCAAGCUGUUAUAGAGGAAGAUGUUGGUAUUACCGGGAAACAAAAGGUUGAAGAGACAGAUCCUGUGGAUCAUAUUCAAGGUCAAGGGCGUGGAGUCAAGCGCAAUCUAAGAGGUGGGCGAGGUGGUAAAUUGAUGAAGACGCAGAAUGGCUCAAGAAAACCUGCUGUGCCUCCUAAGCCCCAAAAAAUGGUUCCUUUAAUAUGUGAACUCUGUAAUGUAAAGUGUGAAUCAGUAGUUGUUUUCCAAAGCCAUCUGGCAGGAAGGAAACACCUUUCAAAUGUUAAGGACUUCCAAGGCCAACAAGCAAUGGUUGGACAAGCUGCUCUCCAAGCAUUAUACCCUGCUUUGCAGGCUCUUUACCCAGCACUUCAGGCACUAUGCCAACCUAGUUCUGGUGCAUCAACUUCUGUCGCUCCUCAAGGUCAUCAGCACAAUCUUCAUGAAAUACUGGGUAUUUUGACUCAACAAGCCCUUUCUGCUAUCCCUCAAGAUCAAUUAUUAGGUAUUGGAGCAGCAGCCACUUCGGCUAUCCCUCAAGAUCAAUUAUUAGGUAUUGGAGCAGCAGUCGCUUCAGCAUUUCCUCCACCUUCAGAUUUAUUAGCUCAGGACCACCAAGGUUCCAAAUUACAAGGUUCAGUAUCAGAAGAAACAAGAGAGAAUGCUGCUGCGGAGGACAGCAGAAAUUGUGACCUUUCGGUUUUACCGAGCACCGAGUCUAAACCAGAAGAGAGCACUGAUAAUAAACAUGAAAAUGUGAACUUAGAAGUUGAUAGAAAAGUUACGUCUGUUGAAGAACCAUUGAGGUUUGGCACUAGCGGGGAUGUGUCUUCUACAUCAGGAGCAGUGAGUGCAGCUGUUUCAGUUUCAAACAGUGAAGUAGUGUCAUCAGAUUGCGCUGCCCAUUCUGGAUUAGAUGGGAAAUUGGCUGAUUAAAGUCAUUAAUUCUUCAAUAAAUUAAUGAGUGGUGGGCAAGACCACAAGAAGGUUUUAUAAAUGUAGUUAAACUUUCUCUUUUGGAAAAAGUGAAUAACAUUUUGAAGAUGUAGGUGAAGUGGUGGUGUUCAGGCCUUUUCAUGACUCUUUGACAUAUAUGCAGAUCUAAAACAUUCUUAAUCAUUUUAGCCAACUGUUA